AUGAGUCGGCAAAAGCUGCGGCUUUGGGCGCUUCUCGUGACCCUUUCAGAAUCCAACAGCUGCAUCCAGAGUCCGCACCCUGCGCUGCUGGACGACAACCAUGCUUCAGAGUGCGCAGCGGCUCUUUUACAGAAGCAGACUGAGAAGGUCGAGCACAGGACCACGGCUGCUCCUCAAUUCAAGGAAGAUGCCGAAUGGAGGGCUCGCCAGAUGGUUCUGCAGAAUGCCGAAGAAGAGGCUGUAGCGCAGUCGCUGUCAAGGUUCAUGGGCUGGUUCUCAAACGUGAAGAUUAGCUCGCCAAUACAGCUACCACUGAUCCGGCAGUGGCAUGCCGUCUCGCAGCAACUCCUGGACCGUGGCCUGACGGCGAGUGACCUCCGGGUGAUCUUCGUUUGCCUGUUUGCUUGCCUGAUUCUGACGUGCGCCGUCGCCGGGCGUCGGCUUGCAGGCACUGGAACCUGA